AAGAAGUUCAGGAAGAACUUGAGGCUCUCGCUUAGCGUUUAUUUUGGUUUGGGUGGAUGCCUGCGGACGCCAUGGUUGGACAUGUGUUGAUGAUUCAAUUCACAACCAUUGAUCGCUUUCAAAGCAUCUACAUUUCAACUCAAUACUCUCUCGGGUCAGAGUCGCAUAUGCGCUCUUCAAUUCUCGGACAGUGAGCGCUUUCAACCGCUCCUCGACGUCAUUGUCUCGAGCACGCGCGCAGCCUCCACGGCCCAGAUCUUUACACACCCGGCUUCGAUUCGAUCGCAGCUACUAUGGAUUAUUCGACGUCGAUACACGAUGCGGAUAACCCAGCUGGAGCUUCUCCAUGGGGUUCAUCUCCGGUUCCAUCUCCACAACAUGCUAGGACGAGCUCUUUCCCAACCCCCGGCGAGAUUCCGCCGUCACCAACGCCAUAUAGCACAAGCACUUCAGGACAUACGGGUUUCUCUCAAGACGAUACGCUAGGCGGUGGAAGCUAUCACAGACCUGAAAGUAGUGCGGGAACAGAAUCUGUGGCCGAAAGCGAUAGCCAUAGACCAGAUACAGCAGACUCCGUUCCUAGCCAACCUGAACGGCAACCACUUCUAGGCCAGCAACAACAGGCCCCUGGGCAGCAACAGUAUCAAAAUCAACCACAUAGAGCAGAGCCCGCAAGAUACCAUCCUGGCGCAAGACAAGCUCAACAGUCUCAACAGCCUUCUCAAGCCCCGCAAUACAAGCUACAAGCAAAGAUCACCGGUCUGGAGCGGACUGGUCGGAAAGACCCUAUUCUAAGAUUUGAUGUUCAUACCAACCUUCCCAAAUUCCGAACCACUCAAUUCCGCGACGUGCGCCGAACCCAUUCAGAGUUUUUGAAGCUUGCCGAUCAUCUCAUAUCCUCCAACCCAGAAGCUAUUGUGCCUGCUGUUCCUCCCGCGUUGACAUCUGCUGGUGCCGGAACCGAUGAAGACGAGGCGCGAGUCAAGGCAGGACUUCAAAGGUGGCUCAAUUAUGUUUGCAGCAACGAAGUUCUGAUGAGAGACGAUGAGAUGGUCCUGUUUGUUGAGAGCGAUUUUGGCUAUAGCCCAAUGUUGAAGAGAAAACAGCCAGCGACGGGCGUACGAAGGAGAGUUAUCAAACAAUUUGCACCGCCACCAGAUGAUACACCAGAGUUACAAGAUGCACGACCUAUCGUUAAGCUCUUCUAUCUGGGGACAAUGGAUGCAGGCCACAAAGUCGAUAAGUUAGUUAAAGCUAGAAAAGGGCUUGGACUUGCAGAGUCCGACUUCGGCGUAAAGCUAGGCGCCAUGAGCGUACAAGAACCGCACAGUGGGCUCGGGAAUGCUUACCGUAAGCUUGGUAAGAUCAUUCAGACGACGGGAGACUUCCACGCCGCUCAAGGUACAGCUGAAGCUACGACCAUCGGUGAUCCCCUGCAAUAUCACUCCCAAGACGCUUUCAUUGUUAAGGAGACUCUCACAAAUCGUCACAUUCUUUUGCGCGAGCUGGUCCAGGCCCAGCAAUUGACACGAAGCAAGCUGAACGCCGCGGAUAGGUUGAAGGCCAGUUCAUCCGUUCGACGGGAGAAGGUCGACGAAGCCAUUUCGGCAUUAGACGAGGCACGAAGCAAUGAGCUCUACCUUCUUGGCAAAACCCAGCGUGUAACUGCAAACCUCUUGCAAGAGCAGCGUCGUUGGUUUGCAAGGACUGCAGCGGAUUUGCGACUUAGCAUCCGGGAAUACGUGAUUCGUGAGAUCGAGGCAGAGCGUCGUACUCUUGCAACUCUCGAAAGCAUCAGGCCCGACAUCCGGGCGAUCGAUUCUUCCGGCGGGCUUAGUCGGCUGGGUCGUGAGGCGCACCCAGCAGCAAGGCGUGCAAGUUUAGCGGCGAGUCAGACGGUGCACGGUGAUGCGUGGAGCGGUGUACCACGACGACCUGAUGGACUGAAUAGGAGUAUAUCCGGUAGCUUCAUGGCCAAGGUACCCGAAGAAAAUGGCGAGGAGGAGCAAGGGAAUGGUCGUGCGAGGGCGUUGUCAGGAGCUUCUGCUGGUGGUCUUAAGGGUGUUCAGGAGGACGACGAGGACAAGGUCGACGCGCGAAAUGCCGCUGCAAGGCUCGCAACCUCAAGCUUCUAGAAGCCGUCAUCCGGUUGGCUACCUCCACUUCCCAAAGAUGGAAACAAUCCGAUAUUCUGGAAUUGACAAGGCAGGGCAGAAUAACCUUCCACUUACCCUCUGUAACAUUGAUAGUACAUACAAUUUGUGAAUCACAGCAUCUGGACACUUGGCUUGAACAAAUGGAGAGAGGAUGUGCGCAAGUCUGUGUAUCAAUGAAGACUGCUCGAUAUUGCCUAUAUCCCAUUAUCACUAUUAUAUGCCUUCCAUUAUGACAUGCUUCAUUUCUUCACAUGCUGAUCCCCAGCGGUGAGUGGCCUUAGCAGCGCCAGAUAGAAAGCCGCAUGGACAUGAUCUAUCGUUGUUCCACGAGGUGACGGACAA